AUGAAUGAUUUGGUGAAACUGUUGGCGGCGCAAUGGAGAGACAGUGCGCGGCAGUACUGGUGGACAAGCGGUCUCAGCGAUGGUAAGCCCAGCGAAGAGCGUCUGUACGCCGACAUCGACGCCGCCCUCUCGACGGUCAUGUAUUUGUAUGACAUUCAGCCCAAAGACAUUGUGCUCUUUGGCGAGAGUAUCGGUUCCGCGCCGACCAUCGAUCUGUCCACUCGACUCCAGUUUAAGGGCGUUAUACUCGAGUCGCCAAUCAUUUCAGGUCUGCGAACAAUGUUUGGCGAUUACGCCACCAGAUUGUGGUCAUUCGAUCCGUUCCCGAACCUUAAGAAAGCCAACAAAAUUCAGUGCAAAGUUCUUAUAUUUCACGGAACCAGAGAUGAAUUGGUGGACAUUGAAGACGCGAUACUACUCUACAACCGAUGCCCGCAUAAAGUGGACCCGUUUUGGGCCGCAGAUAUGGGACACAAUGAAGUCAAACUGCAUCCACAAUAUUAUAGUAGAAUUAAUACAUUUAUAAAUGAAUUAAAAUGA